GCGGUUGAAAAAGCGAAAGAGAUCAUGGGAUUGUUAUGAAAGAAGUUUAAUUCGAGAGGUCCAUUUCCAUAGGAUUAUUUUCAUGAAUGAUGUGGCUUGUAUUGAGAAUACAAGAAUGGAUAGAGCGGCAUUUCAUAAGCUGUGUGAAAUGUUGAGAACUGUAGGUGGACUACUUCCUACUAGGCAUAUGUGUGUUGAAGAGUUAGUGGCCAUGUUCUUACACAUACUAGCACAUCAUGCAAAAAACCGAAUAAUAAAAAGACAAUUUGUUAGGUCGGGGGAAACAAUUAGUAGACACUUUUCAAAAGUUUUAUUGGCAGUUUUGAGGUGUCAUGAAGAAUUGUUAAAACAACCUAGGCCUAUUUUGGAAAACAGCACUGAUGGAAGAUGGAAAUACUUCCAGAAUUGUCUAGGAGCUCUUGAUGGCACAUACAUCAGGGUCAAUGUGCCCGAAGCUGAAAAAAGUAAAUACAGAACAAGGAAAGGCGAGAUAGCUAUGAAUGUGUUAGGUGUAUGUUCUCCGGAUAUGCAAUUCAUAUAUGUUUUGCCUGGGUGGGAGGGUUCAGCUGCUGACUCUAGGGUCCUCAGAGAUGCUAUUUCUCAACCUAAUGGAUUAAAGGUUCCUCAAGGGCAUUAUUAUUUAUGUGAUGCUGGCUAUAUGAAUGGGGAAGGAUUUCUUACUCCUUAUAGAUCUCAAAGAUAUCACCUAAGUGAGUGGAGGAAUGGAGCACAACCAACUACACCAAAUUUUUUUUUCAAUAUGAAACAUUCUUCUGCUAGAAAUGUGAUUGAAAGAUGUUUUGGACUCUUGAAAGGACGGUGGGCUAUAUUGAGAGAAAAAUCAUUCUAUCCUGUUAAAACCCAAGGAAGAAUAAUCACUGCUUGUUGUCUUUUACAUAACCAUAUCUGCAAAGAAAUGGCUGUGGAUCCUUUGGAAACAAAUUUAGGUGAUCUAGAUUCCUCAAAUGAAGUCAUGUUCGGUGACAUGAUAACCGUCGUGGAACCAAGUGAUACAUGGAGUCGAUGGAGGGAUGAUUUGGCACAACAAAUGUUUAAUACAUGGAGAGUUGGACAUCAUUGAUAAAUUUUAUGUCAUGUCAUGCUAUUUUGUUUUUUUUUUGUAAAUUUUAUUUUAAAUGUACUGUCCACUUUCAGUCAUGUAUAUAUCGUGUAUUUGGUUUUUAUAAUUGUUUUAUCUAUGCAAUAAUGUAU